UGUCAGAACUGAUGCUGAGCGACGACGAACAUUGAAUUGUCCUCGCAUCAUUCAGGUACUGGAGUCACUCGUGGUCGGUGUCAUGCGAUGCUGUAUGAGGGAGACAUUGCAGUGGAUGAGCAUGGCCUUGGAUUAAAUCAGGCUUAGUUGUGUCAUAGUGCCUUAGUGUCGAUUUCAAUUCCUGGUAGAUCGACACUCUCAGGUAGGCGGAUUCUGUUGACGUUCUUCCAGCCAAAUUGCUCAAUAUUUCUCUCUACAGACUGUGACAAUUUUUGAAAAAAAUCUUUUGAGUUUUUGAACCGGAUAAUUCCUUACUUGAUGUUUUCAAUUAGAAUUGCUAAACCGGAUAUACCCGUAUUUGACAAUUUGGAUAUGGUCAGUGUACUGCAAUAGUAAAAGCAUAUUCAGGACAGCAUAUUGGAAAACAUUUGUGGAUGAUCUAUAACAGAAGAAGAACAAGAAGUUGGAACUUGACAGGUGUACUUAGACUGUCAGCGAUUUCGAAGAAUUUUUUAUGCCCUUCUUGAUCCGUUAAGCUCAAAAGGAAUACAUUUUUUUCUCAAAAAGGCAUAUAUGUCGAUCUUAUUUCAAAUUCUUAGUGGAAUAUAUGAUGUCACUAUAGAUUCUAACAGUGAUUUUGCUUUCAUCGGGAUGUAUUUCUGAACUCUGAACGCACCAGUUCACAAGGAUAGAAUACAAAAAUCGACAAAUUUCUAAAUAGGGAAUAAAAAAUUUGAAAUUUUCCACUUGAUUUCAAUUCCUGUAUGGAUUUAUGUGAUUGCUGCAUGGAUGAAUGCAUUAGUUUUAAAAGCUACUCUGUUCAAACUCUAAAAAGUCGCCUUUUACUAAAAGCAAGGAUUUAAGUAAAUGAUAAAGAAAUAUUUAAACAUUUAUAAAAAAAGGAAUACGAAAUAUCAAGAAGUUUGGACUUUCUCUCCUGUUUCAAUUCAGACUUCAAUGAAAAAGCUUAGUUACGUAUUUUUUAAGGUUGGUCUUCGUAAUUUUGCACAAAUCAGGAGGCAGAAAUCAAUACGAAAUUAAUCAAGACUUCUCGUUUGUUUUAGCGUAAAUCCAAAAUCAAUCUCCUUGCAAAAUACAAAUCUGACUUCCGAGAUUGAGUUUUUUUCCAAUUUUGGAAAUCGGCCAAAUCGAUUGGUGUAUUGAUGGAAUUUCAAUUAAUUCUCGGAGCAUUUAGGAUUUGAUUUAACCCCUUGUCAUCUGAAAACUCGGGAUGGAUUUUAAGACGUUGAUGAAAUCGUGUGCCGCACGUCUCUGCUGCUGUUGCUCCUGUUGUAAUAAAAGUAAAUACGUCGUCGGGCGGGAGAACAAUAUCGUGGCUAAAUCAGGGAAAGAUUCAGAGACUGCCGUACAAGAUGCGAAAGAGGAUGAGAAAGUCGACAUUGACGACCAAGAUCAAGAGGUCUGGGAGGCUACCACCAAGAUUCAAGCAGGUUAUCGUGGUUACAAGGCCAGGCAGGAGGUCGCAGCAAAGCGGGUGGGAAAAUCAGAAGAGAACCCCGCGGCUGCAGGCGGGGACGAGGAGGAGGUUGACAUUGACCUCACCGACCCCGAGGUCGAAAAAGCCGCCAAUAAAAUCCAGGCAGGUUUUAAGGGAUUUAAGGCAAGGAAAGAAGUAAAGGCGAUGAAGGAUUCUCAAGGAACACAGGAUGCUCCUGAAGAAAAGUCUCAAGCAACACAAGAAGAAACUGCCGCACCUGCUACAGAAACUGCUGAGGAUAAAAAAGUCGAGGAAGAAAUCGACAUCGACCUUGAGGACCCAGAGGUCGAGAAGGCAGCCAUUAAAAUCCAAGCCUCUUUCUCAGGGUUCAAGGCCAGGAAGGAGGUCAAGGCCAUGAAGGAAGAGGAAGAACGAGAAAGACGCAAGGCUGAAGAACCCGAUGAACCCACUUUUUACAUUGACAUGGACGAUCCCGAAAACCAGAAUGCCGCGGUCAAAAUUCAGGCCAAUUACCGCGGUUAUAGAGUCCGUGCCACCAAGCACAAAAAGAAACAGGAAGAAGAAGAAGUUGACAUCGAUCUCACCGACCCCGACGUGGAAAAAGCCGCCAUUAAAAUUCAGGCCGGCAUCCGCGGCCAUUUGACCCGAAAGGGCAUGAAGGACAAGGAGCAAGAGACUAUCGCAAAGCCAUCUGAAUAUGCCGAGGAAAUCGACAUUGACCUAAAUGACCCAGAGGUAGAAAAAGCUGCCAUGAAAAUCCAGGCUGGGUUUGCUGGAUUCAAAACGAGAAAAAACUUACACGCUCAAAAGGAAGCCGCCGUAACUAUCCAAGCUAGUUACCAUGGUUACUCGACAAGAAAGGAACUCAAGAAGCAAGAGGUUGCCGCGACAACGAUACAGGCAGGAUACCGUGGACACCAGGUUCGGAAGAGCGUCAGGCGGAAAUCGGAUGCUGCCGUUAUGAUCCAGGCCAACUUCAGGGGUUACCGAACCAGGAAGUCCAUCAUUGCAGAAAAGGUACCCUCGACCAUAAGUGAGGAGAUUGACUUUGAGGAUGAUAUGGCAGCCGCUGCGACUAAGAUCCAGGCGGGCUAUAAGGGUUACAAAGUGCGGCAGGGACUUAAGGCUGAGAAACAAGCCACAGAAGAUGCUGAAGCACCAGCGGAGGAAGAAGCAGCUCCCCCUGCCGAGGAGGAAACGAAACAAGAAGAAGAGGCAGCACCAGCAGAGGAACAGGAGAAGAAGGAGGAGGAAGAAGUCGACAUCGAUUUGACGGAUCCUGAGGUCGAGAACGCUGCGGUUAAGAUACAGGCUUCGUUUAAGGGUUUUAAGACGCGUAAAGAAAUGGCUGAAAAGAAAGCAAGCACAACAGAAGCCCCAGGGACUGAAGAUGCAGCUGCAGAAGAGGCCCAAGCAGAUGAGGCCCAAGCGGAGGAGGCCCAAGCAGAUGAGGCCCCAGCAGAUGAAGCCUCUAAACCCAAGUCCAAAUCAAGCUCCAGCAGCUCGUCAACAACGUCGGAAUCUUCGAGUGAUACGGAUGAAGAAAAGAAACUAAAGAAGGCAUUACGGAAAGAGGAGAAGAAAAGAUUGAAAGAAGAGAAGAAGUUGAUGAAGAAGGAACGCAGGGAGGCCAGGGAGAAACGUCACCAGGAGCGUCGAGAUGAGGGCAUGGCCAGUGACACCGAAGAUGACGAGGACAUGAAGGCAGAAAAGGAACGACAGAAGGCGGAGAGAAAACAAUACAAGUUGGAGAAGAAGGAAAAGAAACAACUGAAGAAGAAAGAAAAGGAGGAAAGAAAAGCAAAGAAGGAGAAAUCAGAAAAAAAGAGCUCUAGUAGCAGUUCGUCAACCUCAUCCCCAUCGUCAUCCUCCAGCGAUGAGAAGGACGUGGAGAAGAAACGUGUUAAGAAAGAGGAAAAGAAGAAACUGAAGAAGGAGAGAAAAGCGGAGAAGAAGCAGAAGAAGAGAGAGCUAAGGGAGGGGAGAGCUCUGCGUCAUCAGGAGCGUCGAGAUGAGGGCGUGGCCAGCGACACAGAGGAUGACGAGGACAUGAAGGCAGAAAAGGAACGAAAGAAAGUGGAGAGAAAACAAUACAAGUUGGAGAAGAAGGAAAAGAAACAACAAAAGAAGCUGGCGAAGAAAGAGAAGAAGCAUGAGAAGAAGCGUCGCCGCCUACUGAAGAGAGACGACACCGUGACCAUGACCCGAGAAGACGCCGAGAAGAUGUUUGCCGCUGUUCCCGCUUUGAAGACUGAGGCUGAGGAAAUUCCCGAUGAUGGAGGGUACAAACUUCCAAAACGUGUCGUGGAGAAGUGUAAGGAUUGGGCACAGAAUGUCCGCAAUAAGAUGAAGGAACGUGACUACAUGGAGGUGAUGUGGAUCAGCAUGGCGUUCGAUAAAAACUUCGACCAACCGGAAGAGGCGCCAAAAGAGGUGUUGACUCCGCCGCCUGAGACGCCAAAAACGGAGCCAGACUCCUCACCUGAUUCCGAUUCCAGCCUCUUUGAUUCGAGCGACAGCGACCCAGAUUGGAUAAACCGUGACGCUGGAUUGAAGAAUAUGCGUGAGAACCUUGGUCACAACGUUGCGGGGAUGGUCGGGGACAUCAUUGGGCCGAUGAUGCAGAGUGUUCACAACCCAGAUAUCAUGGGGCCGACUGCUGCUGCUGCCACUGAAUAUUAUCCUGAUUGGCUGAAAGAAAACAAGGAGAAGUUGAGCGAGGAAGAUUACGCCAAACACGAGAAGAUGUACGGAUUUUAUCAACAACUCAACGAGAUCUGCGAGGAGGAGAUCGAGGAAGAUGACCUGCUCGGCAAAAAUGACCAAAGUGCGAAGAUUCAGGAAAUCAGCACGAAAAUACAGAUUCUGGGUCUGAAGCUGCCUGAUGAAAUAUUGCAGAAGAUUAGUGCUAGCGCAGACAUCACUAAGAUGUCCUCAAAGUUGAUGGGGAAUAUGAUGAGUGGAUUAAUGGGAUCCGUGGCCAACAGCACCCAUAUUCGAAAUUUGGUCGGCAGGAACCCGGACUCGGCAGAAGGGGUCCAGGGUCUUGAUGGUUUUGCAAAUGAGGAGGAUUUGGAGAAGGCGAUGGACCAAAUGGAAAAGCAGAAUGAGGAGUGCACGAUUCUGUAAAUUGGUUGGAAAUUUCCGCGAAAUACUAGUUACAGACAGUUUUCAAAAUGGUCUUUUCCAAAAAUAAGAAACCCGUCUCUGAGGGGGCAGCUAGGGAUGGUCACCUCAAACUUUUCACUGAUUUCUGACGGUCGUCCCCAAAAAUGAGCGAUGUCUAUAGAUUGGAGUCUGGAGAGUCCGGUCCAACUUGCCACAUAAUGAUUUAAAGGCAGUCUUCUCCAAAGAUGAGAUGCAUCGCUGAAAGAUUUGGGGACGCUCACCUCCAACUUGAUAUAGACACAUGUUAAAACCAUGGAGUACACUGUCUUCAUGUCUGAUCUGUCGAAGACGCCUCAGCUUGGAGGAGAUUGCUUAGUAUCUGAUCUUUCGAAGACGUCAUAUGUUUUAUCAGUUUGAUUUAGUAUCUGAUCUUUCGAAGACGUCAUAUGUUUUAUCAGUUUGAUUUAGUAUCUGAUCUUUCGAAGACGUCAUAUGUUUUAUCAGUUUGAUUUAGUAUCUGAUCUUUCAAAGACGUCAUAUGUUUUAUCAGUUUGAUUUAGUAUCUGAUCUUUCGAAGACGUCAUAUGUUUUAUCAGUUUGAUUUAGUAUCUGAUCUUUCGAAGACGUCAUAUGUUUUAUCAGUUUGAUUUAGUAUCUGAUCUUUCGAAGACGUCAUAUCUUUUAUCUGAUUUGUAGAUUUUUGAUAGUGAGAAAUAUUAUCUUUAGAGGUAAAACAUAUAUGUUGCUUACAAACUAACAGUGUAAAAUAAUUGUUUUGAUUAUUUAAAUGAGCCUCUGUAUAUUUUUGUUAGUGGGCAAAUGCAAAUGUUUGUCAAAGUGAAGUGACUUGCCCAAGAUCACAAGCGACUUUGUCACCUUUGGUGCCAGACCCACUAAGUUCAGACUUAUGACACUAGUGGUUGUGACAAUGUCCAUACAUCAUUUAUCUGUUUACUAAGUAUUGUAAUGAAGUCCACACUUAAAUUAUCUAGUGGUUGUGACAAUGUCCACACAAAGUUUAUCUAGUGGUUGUGACAAUGGGCGAUAUGAAUAAAGACUAGCAAAUGCUUUUAUCUAAGAUUCUAUGUACAUUUACACAAGGCCUUUCUGUAGAAAACUGAAGUAAAAGCAUUUGCUAGUCUUUAUUCAUAUCACCCAAUGUCCUUUUCACAUAUAUCUGGUGGCUGUGACAAUAUCGGUUUAUUGUGACAAUGCAAACACACCUCACUUAUCUGGUGGUUGUGACAAUGUCCUCAGUAAAUUCAUUUUGUGGUUGUGACAAUGCGAACACUUCAUUUAUCUAGUGGUUGUGACUAUGUCCCCACUAAAUUCAUUUUGCGGUUGUGCCAAUGUCCUUUUUACAUAUAUCUGGUAGCUUUGUUAGUCUAUUUGUCAGUUUAUUUUACUUUUUAUUUUAUUCGUACAAGGAUAGUACACUUAACAUCAAGUUGUGCAGUGCAGUGCUGGCUGUGCAGUAAAUGAAAUGACCUGUAAAUGGGCAGAACCGUGCAGUGAAUGACUAUACAUUAAGUUGUUCAAAGUUACAAAAUACUGAAGUCCUUAGACAUGUACAUAACAUGGAUAUUGUCCUAUAACCAUUGUGAUAAUGCCAGCACAUCAGUUAUCUAGUGGUUGUGACAAUGUCCUCACUAAAUUCAUUUUGUGGUUGUGACAAUGUCCUCUUCAGGUUCAUCAGGCGGCUGUACGAGUAUGGAUCUGUUGGUUGUGACGAUGUCCACACUCCCUGUGACAAUGGCCACACUAUAUUUGUAAAUAUGUGUUGUAUGUAUUCAUGUGUUUUAUUUUGUAUGGCAUAUUGAAUUAGAAUAAAUAAAAGAAUAUUUACAUGUA